UUAAGCAAGAGUAGGUGGUGAUAUAUGCAACCUGAAAUCUCCUCUACGCGUCUAGUCUUUGUUUAGGACAACCAAUUCAAAUUUUUCUUUGAAAUUUUGGUGAAUCAACAGUAAGCAGUCACAUAGAACAAUCACGUCCAGAUUAAUCAAACCGUGCGUUACCUUUUCUCUCAUUUUCCAUAUGAAAAGGAGACACUUGUCUUUUUUUGAAGGUUUAUAGCGUCAUUCCAUUAUUGACAACUUUCUAAGCCCAGGUAUCUCAACCAUGAACCUGGGAGUUAUGAAAAAUUGGCCACUGUUCCUUCUCCUCUUCUUCAAUCUCUCAGCUCACUCCUUUGCAGGGGACAGCAUCACUGUGAAAACAUCAAUUUCAGAUGGCCAAAGUCUAAUAUCUGCAGGUGGAAGCUUCGAACUUGGUUUCUUUACGCCGGAUACUUCCAGACACAGAUAUUUGGGUAUCUGGUACAAGAGUAUCCCAGUUCAUACAGUAGUGUGGGUAGCAAACAGAGAAAACCCAAUUUCUGAUUCUAUCAGUAAUCUGACAAUGCAAAACAAUGGUGGUCUCAUCCUUCAAAAUGCAACUGGUUCGAUUCUCUGGUCGACUGUCUCAUUGAAUCUCACAAGCCCGGUUGCUCAACUAUUGGAUUCAGGAAACUUUAUCAUAAAGGAUGUGAGCAAUAGUUCAGAAACAAUAGCCUGGCAGAGCUUCGAUUAUCCUACUGAUACACUUCUGCCAGGCAUGAAGCUUGGAUGGAACCUGAAAACUAAUCUUGACAGGUAUCUCACAACAUGGAAAAGCAAUGAAGAUCCUUCAGUUGGCGACUACUCGUUUAAACUAGACCUCCAGGGGUCACCAGAGUUCUACAUAUGGAAUGGUUUGACGAAAAUUUAUCGGAAUGGGCCUUGGACAGGGUAUGAUUUCAGUGGUGAGCCUGAAAUGGAGUACAAUAAUGCCUUCAGCUUCGAGUUCAUCUCCAACGACGAUGAAGUAUACUAUACAUACAAAAUUUUGAAUAGUUCAGUUAUUUCAAGAUUUGUUUUGAAUCAGUCCAUGAUUCAAAGGUAUGUUUGGAUCAAUUCACAAGUAUCUUGGUUCAUAUACUGGUCAAUGCCGAGGGAUGGAUGUGAUUUUUAUGCUCAGUGUGGUGCUUAUGGAGUCUGUAACUCGAAUCAGUCACCAGUUUGUAGUUGUUUGAAAGGAUUUGUGCCAAAAUCACCGCAGAACUGGAAUAUGAGAGACGGGUUAGAUGGAUGUGUGAGGAGAACACCAUUACAUUGUCAGAAUCGAGAUAGGUUUCUUAAGAUGAGUGGGAUGAAGGUGCCUGAUACUUCUCAGGCCACUGUGGAUAAGAGCGUUAGUCUCGAUGAAUGUAGGCAAAAUUGUUUGAGUAAUUGUUCUUGUAUGGCUUUUGCAAAUGCCAAUAUUGGUGAAGGUGGAAGUGGUUGUAUAACUUGGGGAGGUGAUUUGAUUGAUAUCAGAGAGUUUGAAGAAGGUGGGCAAGAUCUCUACAUAAGGCUGGCGGCAUCAGAGCUUGAUUCAGGCAACGGAAACUCAGAAAACAAGAAAACUUUGAUCAUUAUUGUGGCAAUCAUAGCUGGAGUGAUGCUUUUGCUGGGGUUCUCUGGAUGCUGUAUCUUGAAGAAGGAAUUGGAAAGUUACUCUUCCUGUAGAACAGGUCAUAUGAGAAGUUUUGGGAAACUACAGUUGUCAUUUAAUUCUAUCAGUACUGACCGCAACUCCGACAAUGAAGUACAUCUCCCUUUGUUUGAUCUGCGCACCAUAUUGUUUGCUACAAACAAUUUCUCAAACACUAAUAAGCUUGGUGAGGGUGGAUUUGGUGCUGUUUACAAGGGAAAACUUGGAGAAGGACAAUUCAUAGCUGUAAAGAGGCUAUCCAAAAACUCAUUACAAGGGCUUGAAGAGUUCACGAAUGAGGUUAUGUUGAUCAUCAAACUUCAGCACAUAAAUCUUGUUCGGCUUUUAGGUUGCUGCAUUCAAGGGGAAGAAAGGAUGCUAAUCUACGAAUAUAUGCACAAUAGAAGUUUGGACACCAUUAUUUUUGAUAAAUCGAAAGCUAGACUCUUAAACUGGCAAAAGCGUUUCAACAUCGUUGCCGGGAUCGCUCGUGGACUUCUUUACCUCCAUCAAGAUUCAAGGCUCAGAAUUAUUCAUAGGGACCUGAAAGCUAGCAACAUCCUUCUCGAUGACGAAAUGAACCCAAAAAUUUCAGAUUUUGGUGUUGCGAGAACAUUUGGUGAUGGUACAGACGAACAUACCAAGAGACUAGUCGGGACACUUGGCUAUAUGUCUCCAGAGUAUGCAAUGGACGGCGUUUUUUCAAUAAAAAGCGACGUUUUCAGCUUCGGUGUCUUAGUUUUAGAAAUCAUAAGUGGCAAGAAGAACAAAGCAACAUGUUAUGCUGAGCCUCAACUAAACCUUCUCAGCUAUGCAUGGAAGCUGUGGAAAGAGGGAAAAUGCUUGGAACUGUUAGAUGAAUCAAUUAGCAGUCCUGAUUCAAUUCCUGAAGUCGUGCGAUGCGUGCAAGUAGGCCUUUUAUGUGUUGAGGAAAGGGCAGAAGACAGACCUGAUAUGUCUCUGGUAGCAUUGAUGUUAGGUGCAAAAAUAAGCCUGCCACAGCCAAAAGCGCCUGGUUUUUGCACCUACAGGAGUUCGGGGGAUACCGAGGUUUCUUCGAGCUGUACUGUUAAUGAUAUAACAGUCACAGGGAUAGAGGAUCAAUAAAUUCUUGUACGUCGUGUUUCGUAUCUUCAAAUGUUUCUGUGAUUCAGAGGUUGGCAGUGAAAGGGAUCUGAUUCGUUGAAUCUUACUGAUCAUGAGUUCUCUAUCAGUAGUUUCAUAACGGAGGUAUUAUGUGACCACGAAUAACUGGUUAUCUUCUGGAGAGGGAUGGCUUUUAAUUUUACUUUUGUUCGUCAAGUCAGAUUCAUAUUUGCUGGUAUUGUUAAGUGAGUUUUAAGAGCUGGUGCUCAAAACUUACAACAGCUGAGCUCUUGUUUCAGAAAUCAUAUUCUAUAUCACAAGGGAAAAAGAUACCAGCUGGUUCCCAAUUUCAA